CGAGCGCUGGGUCUGCUGAGGGCGCGCUAGACUCCAACUUGGAUGGCCCGGGGACUGCUCCAGCUCCUGAGACCGCCGCACCGCGUCGAGGGAAGCUGCGCGCGGGACCUGGAGGCGCAGACCUUAGGCGGCGGCGGCUGCCGAGGGGCGAGCCAGGCGCAGGAGGGGGCGCGCUUUCUCCCUGCGGGUCUCAGUAAUGAGGAGACUGAGUUUGUGGUGGCUGCUGAGCAGGGUCUGUCUGCUGCUGCCGCCGCCCUGCGCAUUGGUGCUGGCCGGGGUGCCCGGCUCCUCCUCGCACCCACAGCCCUGCCAGAUCCUCAAGCGCAUCGGGCACGCGGUGAGGGUGGGCGCGGUGCACUUGCAGCCCUGGACCACAGCCCCCAGCGCAACCAGCCGCGCUCCGGACGGCAGCCGGGCAGGUGCCCAGAGGGAUGAGCCGGAGCCAGGGACUUGGCGGCCCCCGGCGCCCUCCCCGGGCGCACGCUGGCUGGGAAGUGCCCUCCAUGGCCGGGGGCGGCUGGGCGCUCGGAAGCCGGGGGAGGGCGCAGGGGCUGAGACCCUCUGGCCACGGGACGCCCUUCUAUUCGCCGUGGACAACCUGAACCGCGUGGAAGGGUUGCUGCCCUACAACCUGUCUCUGGAAGUAGUGAUGGCCAUCGAGGCGGGCCUGGGCGACCUGCCGCUCCUGCCCUUCUCCUCCCCCAGCUCGCCGUGGAGCAGUGACCCCUUCUCCUUUCUGCAGAGUGUGUGCCACACCGUGGUGGUGCAAGGGGUAUCGGCGCUCCUGGCCUUCCCCCAGAGCCAAGGCGAGAUGAUGGAGCUUGACUUGGUCAGCUCUGUCCUGCACAUUCCAGUGAUCAGCAUCGUGCGCCACGAGUUUCCGCGGGAGAGUCAGAAUCCCCUUCACCUACAACUGAGUUUAGAAAAUUCAUUAAGUUCUGAUGCUGAUGUCACUGUCUCAAUCCUGACCAUGAACAACUGGUACAAUUUUAGCUUGUUGCUGUGCCAGGAAGACUGGAACAUCACCGACUUCCUUCUUCUCACCCAGAAUAAUUCCAAGUUCCACCUCGGGUCUAUCAUCAACAUUACUGCUAACCUCUCCUCCACCAAGGACCUCGUGAGCUUCCUGCAAGUCCAGCUGGAGAGCGUUAAGAAUAGCACACCCACAAUUGUGAUGUUUGGCUGUGACAUGGAAAGUAUCCGGCAGAUUUUUGAAAUUACCACCCAGUUUGUGGUGACACCCUCUGAGCUUCGUUGGGUACUGGGAGAUUCCCAGAAUGUGGAGGAACUGAGGACAGAAGGUCUGCCAUUAGGGCUCAUCGCUCAUGGAAAAACAACACAGUCUGUUUUCGAGUACUACGUACAAGAUGCCAUGGAACUGGUCGCACGAGCCGUCGCCACAGCCACCAUGAUCCAGCCAGAACUUGCUCUCAUUCCCAGCACGAUGAACUGCAUGGAUGUGAAAACCACCAAUCUCACUUCAGGACAAUAUUUAUCAAGGUUUUUAGCCAACACCACCUUCAGAGGCCUCAGUGGUUCCAUCAAAGUGAAAGGUUCCACCAUCAUCAGUUCAGAAAACAACUUUUUCAUCUGGAAUCUGCAACAUGACCCCAUGGGAAAGCCAAUGUGGACUCGCUUGGGCAGCUGGCAGGGAGGAAAGAUUGUCAUGGACUAUGGAAUAUGGCCAGAGCAGGCCCAAAGGCACAAAACCCAUUUCCAACACCCGAGUAAGCUACAUUUGAGAGUGGUUACCCUGAUUGAGCAUCCAUUUGUCUUCACAAGGGAGGUAGAUGAUGAAGGUUUAUGCCCUGCUGGCCAACUCUGUCUCAAUCCCAUGACUAAUGACUCUUCCAUAUUAGACAGCCUUUUUAACAGUCUCCACAGCAGUAAUGAUACAGUACCCAUAAAAUUUAAGAAGUGCUGCUAUGGAUAUUGCAUUGAUCUGCUGGAAAAGCUAGCAGAAGACAUGAACUUUGACUUUGACCUCUACAUUGUUGGGGAUGGAAAAUAUGGAGCCUGGAAGAAUGGGCACUGGACUGGGCUGGUGGGUGAUCUCUUGAGUGGGACUGCCCACAUGGCAGUUACUUCCUUCAGCAUCAAUACUGCACGGAGCCAGGUGAUAGAUUUCACCAGCCCUUUCUUCUCUACCAGCUUGGGUAUCUUAGUGAGGACCCGAGACACAGCUGCUCCCAUUGGAGCCUUCAUGUGGCCACUCCACUGGACUAUGUGGUUGGGGAUUUUUGUGGCUCUGCACAUCACUGCCAUCUUCCUCACUCUGUAUGAAUGGAAGAGUCCCUUUGGUAUGACUCCCAAAGGGCGGAAUAGAAGUAAAGUCUUCUCUUUCUCUUCAGCCUUGAAUGUCUGUUAUGCUCUCUUGUUUGGAAGAACAGUAGCCAUCAAACCCCCAAAAUGUUGGACUGGAAGAUUUCUAAUGAACCUUUGGGCCAUUUUCUGUAUGUUUUGCCUUUCUACAUAUACGGCAAACUUGGCUGCUGUCAUGGUAGGUGAGAAGAUCUAUGAAGAGCUUUCUGGAAUACAUGACCCUAAGCUGCAUCAUCCCUCCCAAGGCUUCCGCUUUGGAACUGUCCGGGAAAGCAGUGCUGAAGAUUAUGUAAGACAAAGCUUCCCAGAGAUGCAUGAGUAUAUGAGAAGGUACAAUGUACCAGCUACCCCUGAUGGAGUGGAGUUUUUGAAGAAUGAUCCAGAGAAACUAGACGCCUUCAUCAUGGACAAAGCCCUUCUGGAUUAUGAAGUGUCAAUAGAUGCUGACUGCAAACUUCUAACUGUGGGGAAGCCAUUUGCCAUAGAAGGAUAUGGCAUUGGUCUUCCACCCAACUCUCCACUGACUUCCAAUAUAUCUGAGCUGAUCAGUCAGUACAAGUCACAUGGGUUUAUGGACGUGCUGCAUGACAAAUGGUACAAGAUGGUUCCAUGUGGCAAGAGAAGUUUCGCUGUAACUGAGACUUUGCAAAUGGGCAUCAAACACUUCUCAGGACUCUUCGUGCUGCUGUGCAUUGGAUUUGGUUUGUCCAUCUUGACAACCAUUGGUGAGCACAUAGUAUACAGGCUGCUGCUACCACGAAUCAAAAACAAAUCCAAGCUACAAUACUGGCUCCACACCAGCCAGAGAUUGCAUAGAGCAUUAAACACAUCAUUUGGAGAGGAAAAGCAACAGCGUUUCAAGACCAAACGUGUGGAAAAGAGAUCCAAUGUGGCACCCAGGCAGCUCAUGGUGUGGAAUACUUCCAGUCUGAGUCACGACAACCAACGAAAAUACAUCUUUAGUGAUGAGGGAGGACAAAAUCAGCUGGGCAUCCGGACGCCCCAGGACAUCCCUCUCCCUCCAAGGAGAAGAGAGCUCCCUGCCUCUCUGACCACCAAUGGGAAAGCAGACUCCGUAAACGUAGCCCGGAACUCAGUGAUGCAGGAACUCUCAGAGCUCGAGAAGCAGAUUCAGGUGAUCCGCCAAGAGCUGCAGCUGGCUGUGAGCAGGAAAACGGAGCUGGAAGAGUAUCAAAGGACAAAUCGGACUUGUGAGUCCUAGGUGGCCAUGCUGUUCCCUUCUCUCAGUUCCUGGCAUUCCUCUGAGCCCUUGAGACACUUUGUAAUGCUCUUUUGUAACUACUGACGAAGGUGUGGGGAAGCUGAGGUUGAGGUCUUCUUAGAGGUCAAGUCUGCUCUCCCUCACCUACAGUAUGGCAGCAUCUCUUCCCACGCUCCCUCCCUAGGUCUCCAGGGUAAGAGCCUUUUUCAUAGCAGGAGUUGGAAACCAGGAGGAAACUCCAUGUAAGGGAUCUGUGAGUAACCAGACAACCCCAGCAGCUUUUCACUAGGUGCCACAGUAAUUUCUGGUUUUUAGCCCUCUCUGCACUUUCCACAAGAGAUAAAAUUGUUACACAUACCUAUGUUUUAUUGGGUUGUUGGUUUUAAUCUUAAUCUAGCACAGGAUUAUCCAGGGUUGCAGUUUUUGAUCCAGCUCCCCAAACUAAAUUUUUUUCCAGAUUCUGAAUGAGGAGCAAAGUUAAGAGUGAAAUAAACUUGGGGGAGAGGCAUACUUAAAAAUUAGCUGAGCUCAGUAUCACAGUUGGCAAGGAUGGAUGGGGUCAGGCAAGAGCUACUUAUUGAGAAGGUUCUAGAUCUCUGAUCCCAUCCUGGUUAUCAUUUAGUAGGAACAUGUUUGCACAACACUAUGAAAGGGGACAGAGAUAUGAGUGGGAGCAGAGGACAGGCAGAAGAGGCAUUAAAAUGCACAUCCUUCUUUUAGGACAAAAGCUCUGGGACAUCAGGCAAUUUGGCUGAGAAACGAAUAGGACUUGAAUUCUAAUCCAAGUAUCUCCAUCACAGUGUGUGCCUUUUAUAAGGGAAAAGAAAGAGAAAAGCGAAGCAAGGUUGUGGCCUUAGAAUGAACCUGGGAAUAUCUCUGUUUUUUGCCUAUAACAGAGAAUAGGAGCUGGCACUGUGGAUUAAGGGAAAUGUUCUCCACACCACACACUAGGCCAUUGUCAGAAAAGCAGCCACCUAUCCCUUAGUCACAGGAAUCCCAAAAUUGAACCAUGAGCCUAUGAAUAUUGCAAACUUCAACAUUCAGAAAUCUGCCCUGUCUAUGCUUUGUAGACUGGUAUAAUCACCAAGUCAGCCCUCCCAACCUCAUCCCCAUUUAUCUCUGAGGAGCCAUGAACAGAUCUUGGAUCCUGAUCAUCUUCCAGGCUGCAUCUAAUGCCCAAAAAAGAGAUGUGAGUAGUCCAGCUUCCCCCUCUGCCUGGAGACCCCUUUUCCAUUGUACAACUGCUUUAGCAUGCAGAGGGGGAAAGAAACAUGGGAAAUUUAGAAUACAUUUCCCAAGUGGUAGUGAAGAGUCGUACACAGAAUGCCAGUUGCCAGGAUCCUUCCCCAGACAGGGUAAGGGAGGGGGUCCAGAGGUAGGCUCAGAAACCCUACUUUAACCAAUACCCUUAGGUGGCUGACACAGGUGGUCAAAAAAUUACUCUGUUCUGGAAGUUUGGCUGCCCCCAGGAAUGGGGGCAAGUGAAAAUAUUGGGGGAGGGAUGCAAGGUGGGGUGGUGGUUAUCAUCAGGACACAUCUGAUGCACCUUCCAUACUCCACCUCCACUCCAGAGCGUCAUUUAGGUCUAGACCUCCCUGUUUAUCAAUUUUUGCUAUAUCUUUUUUGCUUAACCAAUUAAGUUGAAUGUCUACAAUGAGUUCACAGUGCUGGGUCGAGCACUAUGCUCUGUAGUAACUGCAGACAAUUGGAAAGGUGUCUCAAUCAUAAAAUUUUUCCCCCUACUUUUGGGUACAUGUCUGCAUUUCCACCAAGAGCUACCCAGUCCCUCAGGGAAAGAUAACACCCUAAGUUCUAAAUAGGUAACACCUUAGCAAUUAGUUGAGAAACCCCUGGAGUGGAGGUUGGGUCAGAAAUACCAACAAGGGAGGUGGGAGGACUUCACUGACCUCAUAUCAAACAGCUCAACAAUGAGAAAACAGUGAGCCCUGAAAACAGAACAAGGACAAUUUGUUUUGAAACACCUUACGCCUACAUUCUCAUCCCAGGCCUGUAGGAAGGUUUGCAGCUGCCUUUGGAAGGUUGCGCCCCUGAGCCCUCCCUACACAUGUGCAACAGCUAAAGAUGCUCUACAGACUCUGCCGUCAUGCUCUGCACACCCCUGAACCUCUGCGCAGUCCACAGGCUGAUGUUCAGCUGUACCUCAAUUCACACAACAGCCAUGCUCCUAAUGUUGUACAUGGACUUUUUUAUAAUGCAACUGAUUCUGACUGUACUUGAGAAGCUGGCUAUUUAAGGGAACCCAGAGGUGAAUUCUUUUGUAAAGUAAAUAAUCCUUUUGUAAUGCAAUUAAUUAUCCCUUAAUGUAUCUGUUUUGUAAGUUUGGAUUUUUGUAUAUCAGGUUUACCUUCGCUUCUCUAUGAGGCAUUCUGGGCAGUGGUGAUCACAUGCCAGACCACCCUACCUUUCCACAAAGCAGAUGAACAGUGCACGCUCCUCAAGCAUCUUCUGAGGAACUACCUGGCCAAAACUGUGGCCAGGAUGCAGCCAGAAGCAGCAGGGUUUAGGCCUACUGCUGUCAAUACUGCUUGAAACGCUUAAAUGUUCUGGGUAAAGAAAAACCGUAAUUGCUUGUGGUGAAAUGAAGCAGUCUUCAUGUUAAGUAGCAAUGAUUAUUUUUAUGGUAGUAAUUGAACUGUGUUUUGCAACUUGUGAAACAGUGUUGUACUUUGUAAAAAGAUUUCAUGAAGUGGUGGGACCUUGAAAACCUUCUUUCUGUUCUCCACUUCUGUUCUCUCAACUCUCUUCAGGCUAAAAAAAAAAAAAAAAAGAAAGAAAGAAAAAUCAGAAGCCUUCAGGUGGAAUGUGAGACUUUAGUGAAUUGGAGCUAAGGGAUGCCACCUUGCCUCCUUUUGUGUGCUCUCUCCUCGUAAACAAACUCUGGUGCUGGGAAACCUAGAAGAGGACAGUGUCCCAUGUUCCAAGGCAGAAUUCCUGGAAUGGGAGGCACACAGGAAAGCAUGACUGGAUGAGAUGGAACAGAUAUGGUUAUUUGGUUUGUGUCGAUAAGAAUAAGGGCCCCAGAGUAUAUGUAGAUAGAUGAGAAAGAAUCUUCCUCCAACAAUUAAAAACAAAUUGGAAGAAUUACUGGACAGCCAAAUGAAGAAGUCUCAGGGCCCUAAUCAGCUGAGGUUUUUAGUGGGCCGAGGGUGAUGCUCCAUUAUUUAUGAAUCUUCCGGUUGCACAAACCCUAUACAGGAGUUGCUUCUUCCCUUCCAGCCAGAGAAGUCGUAAGCAAAGUCGUAAUGUGCCUAGUAGAAUGGAGUUCUAUUAACUGAUGAGAGUUCUCAGUGCUGGUGCUGGGUGUCUACCCUUGGAGCAAGAGAAGCACUUCCUUGGUGUGAAUAAAGAACAAAGGGGAAGAAACCAUGCUAGAGCCUCUUUUUCUCCCAAACCAUAUUUUGAUGAGUCAGUCAGGAAAUCCAACCUGUCCUCAAAUAAAUUACUUUCUAGUCAUUAAAACCACUGUUCAACCCACACCAUUAUUCCUUUCUCUACCCACCUAAACAACACAUCUAAUCCAGAAUUCCCGCACUCCUUAUUUUUAGUUACUAAUCAUUUUAUGAAAAUAAUGUACUUCUAAGUAUUUUCUUAAGGUCUGUGAAGAGUAUUUGCAUUGUGUCUUCAUUUUAAUGUGUUUGCAAAUGCUCCGCUCCAAGAACUGAAAUGCUGUCUUGUGAGCAUGAAGUGAAUGGGCUGUUUUGCUCCAGCCACUUUUCUUGUACAACCAUGUGGAUGGACUAGAUGUCCUCAGGUCUUUUCCAUAUUCAGUUUCUAUGACUGUGGAAUAAAUGUUCAGAUAGAAACUUCACUUUCGGAUGUAUUGCUGCAUUGUCUUUGGGGACUCAGAUGUCAUGGUAACAGCUCACUUCUAAUAGAAGACCCAAUACUGCUAUGCUUUAUGCUUUGUUUCCUUGACAUAGUUCAAAGAAGUAGCACAUGCUAUGCUGAGAAAACUCGGACCCAGGCAUCAUGAAGUAGACUUGAAACAGCUUUAUCUGAAGAGGCACUACAGAAAAAAAACCACAGCACUUACAGAUCUCUAACAACUUUGCCCUAAUAGCCCUCACUAAGCAGUCCCACAAACAUCUGCUAAACAGUUUUCACUUAAGUGUCAAGCGCUAAAGACACAGUGAACAAGAUGGGUAUGGUCUCUAACUCAGAGACCUUUUCCCAAUCUGGUAUCUUCACAACCUGAAGACAGUACACUAAGAGCUAAUGUUUACUGGGCACUUACUAUAAAUCAUGACCUCAUUCAAUCUUCUUAACCCCAGGAAACUAAUACUUCAGAUAUACUCCAGAGUUGGUAAACAAGACCUACUAGUUUAUAGAUAAACUGAAGAUCAGAGAAAUUUUACCCAGGUCACACAGCCAGUAACAGUUGUAGCAGAGAUGUAAAUGCACAUUGCAAUGACUUAAUAUUGUCAGAAUUCUGAUCAUUGCCUUUCUCUUCCUCCUCUAAUCCCUUGUCUUAUUGCCUCCUGCUCAUGCCCUCAGCCUGGUCCCCAGUUCCACAGAAGACACAGAAACUGAUACAAGCACACCUACAUUUGUCCAUUUAAGUCACAACUAUAGCCUCUUAAAUCUUACCAAAAUAGCGUUUCAACAGUAUUUCUUGCUGUCCAGUCAAAAACUGAUACAAGCAUAGAUGUAAAUCACAUGGCAGACCACCAGAAUCAGACAUGUUGACAAUUUCUAACAAUCCAGGCAGUUUUAACUGUUCACAAAUUUGCAUUUGUGAAUCCUCUAGCCCAAUGCACUUGUGAUGCAUAUUGUUUUGGAAUAUACUGAAGUCAAAUCUCAUAAAAAUAUAAACCUAUUAUAACCAAAUUCAACUUCCAGGGAUGUUUGACAUCAUUCAGUCACUCACUUUUUGCAUGUUUAUAGUAAGCCAGGCACUGAGUUAGUUUAUGGAGGUAAAGAUCCUGAGGGCCAGCGCUGUGGCAUAGUGGGUAAAAGCUGCUACCUGUAGUGCUGGCCAUAUGGGCACCAGUUCCAGUCCCAGCUGCUCCCCUUCCAAUCCAGCUCUCUGCUAUGGCCUAAGAAAGCAGUGGAAGAUAGCCCAAGUCCUUGAGCCCCUGCCACCAACAUGGGAGAUGCGGAAGAAGCCCCUGGCUCCUGGCUUCAAAUCAGUCCAGCUCCGGCCUUUGCGGCCAUUUGGGGAGUGAACCAGCGGAAGAAGAGCGCGGUGUGUGUGUGUGUGUGUGUGUAACUCUGCAUU